ACCCUCUUAUCUCUCUGUCGAUCAGUGUCUCUCUCUCUGAAAUGGCUACAACCGAUGGGCACUUCUGUGAGCUGAUGAAGAAGUAUGGAAAGGUGGCACUCGACAUUCACUUCUCUGUCUCAGCCGCUUCCAUCAUCGGCCUCUAUGUCGCAAUCAAGAAUAACGUCGACGUUGAGUCCCUCUUCGACAAGAUCGGCCUCUCCAGCUUCUCCAAACCAGACCCGGGCCAAGACCUGCCCGCCCACUCUAUCGAUGGUCUCAUCAUUGAUGACCUGCCGCCUCUCAUUCUUGAGCAGAAGAAGAAUCGAACUUCCGAAUUGGCAGCUUCGAGCGAGGGUGCGCUUGCACUGGCAGUCAUUUGCAACAAGGCCUUAUUCCCCGUCCGGGUUCCAAUCACCAUCGCUCUCACUCCAGCAGUCUCAAGAUUCUUGGCACGGUGGAGGAUUAAUAAGAAUAGUGUAUGAUUUCUCUCGCUCUGUUGAAUUAACUUUACUCACUACCCACAAAUGGAAAAGAAAGAGGGAGAAAAGAAAAAGAUUGCUAUGGAUUUUAAUGUGUUCUUUAUGGUCUUUGAAUAUGGUUAUAACUCGGAAAAUAGAAUAUCAGUCUUCUUCUUAUAUGAUGACAGAAGGGUUUAACAUUUAUUUAAAUUUGUUUUCUA